UGCUAACUUCACAUUGGUUUUUAAAACGAGUGCGACAAAGAUGACGUAAACGUCAAAUAGGUUAUGAACAAGGUAAUAAGCAUUUCUAAAUCAUAAAAUGGAUUUUUGGAGUGAUACUCUUAAAAAGCCGGUAAAUAUAGUUGCCCCAAUGGUGGACGCAAGCGAAUUACCAUGGAGGUUAUUAUGUCGACGUCAUGGUGCGCAAUUAUGUUACACCCCUAUGUUACAUAGCGCGGUAUUUUGCAAAGAUCCCAAGUAUCGCAAGGAGUCUUUAGCUUCUUGCGGUGAAGAUAACCCUUUGAUAGUCCAAUUUUGUGGUAACGAUCCGAAGAUAAUGCUUGAAGCUGCUUUGUUAGCAGAAGAACAUUGUUGUGCAAUUGACAUAAAUUUAGGAUGUCCCCAGGCAAUAGCUAAAAGAGGACACUAUGGAUCUUUUUUGCAAGACGAGUGGGAAUUGUUACAUGAAAUGGUGUCGACGUUAAGUAAAUCAUUAAAAGUUCCUGUAACUUGUAAAAUUCGAGUUUUUGAAGAUAUGGAGAAAACUGUUAGAUAUGCAAAAAUGUUGGAAAAUGCUGGUUGUAAAAUGUUAACUGUUCAUGGGAGAACUAGGGAACAAAAAGGACCUUUAACUGGGUUAGCUAAUUGGGAUUAUGUUAUUGCAGUGAGAGAAGUUGUUAAUAUUCCUGUUAUUUCAAACGGAAAUAUACAAUGCCUACAAGAUAUUCAUCGUUGUCUUGAAUAUACAGGUUGUGUUGGUGUUAUGACUGCUGAAGGAAACUUACACAACCCAUUUUUAUUUGAAAAUACAUCACCACCAGCUUGGAUACCUGCCAUGGAAUAUUUAGAAUUAGUUGAUAAAUAUCCUUGCCCAUUUUCCUAUAUACGCGGACAUUUAUUUAAAUUAUUUCAUCAUGUUUUAUCAAUUUCCUCCAACAAUCAACUUAGGAUACGAUUAGGUGCUGCAAAUACAUUAGAUCAAUUUAAAUGUAUAGUUAGUGAAUUAAAAGAUUUAUAUCAACCUUAUCAUGAUGGUAAAUUAGUUUGGGAUGAAACCCAUGAAAAGGGAAGUUUUAAUUUGAUUUUACCUCCAUGGUUGUGCCAGCCUUAUGUGCGAUUACCGCCUGAGGAGCAUUUGAAAAAAGUUGAGGAAAAGAAGGCUAAUGAAGAUUUGAAUAGUAAAAGGCAUUAUGAAGAUUCUGAUGGUAAUUUAAUAUCGAGGAAGAAAAUGAAAAAAUUAAGGAGGAUUAAUAGGCGACCUCCAAAACCUGAAAAUUGUUCAUUUAGAAGUAUGGAUCUUUGUCCUUUAUGUAAAAUAAAUCCUUUGGGAUCCAAAUGCCUAAAUAAGCUCUGUAAAAAAUGCUGUAAAGAUAAAUGCUUUUUAGAAGAAUUGGAUUGUCCUGGACACAGAGUGUUAAUAAAAACAAAACGGGAAUUGGCAAGAUUAAAAUUCACCAAUCUAACUUAAAUAAAUUAAAUUUUUAUGAAAAUUAAAAACUUUUUAUAUAAAAAAAAUAAAUAAAGUCUAAAUCAA